CCUAAGUCGGAGGCCCUAUGGGGGUGAGUCUCUUGGUCUUUGGAGGCCUCUCUAAACUCCUCCUGUUCCCUUUCCCAAAUGGGAAGCCAGAUAACGAGGAAAAGUGAGGCGCGCUUGGAACGGGAACGCGGAUUUAAGCUGAGGGAAAGAGGCAGAGUAAUCUUUCACCAUCGCCCUUUUAAGGGAUCGCUGGGCGACGACUAGUAGGGACACUAGUAGGUACAGGUCCCAGUUCGUGCUACCCCGAGUGGGCGGGACGCAGAGGGUCGUGGGCAGUGCGAUGUCUCUCAAACCGCCACCUCCCUGUCUACCCACUGGCUGCUCCGAAAGACUACUUUCGGCGCGUUUGUCCCGAGACCUCCACAUCGCCCCCCUCCCCUCUCGGUCUCCGCCCCCUCGCGCACCGGAGGCCUCGCCGCUUUAAGAGCCGGCGUAGCGAUUGACAGCAAGAAGCGCGUAGCGCCCGGCAGCACCGGAGCCGCCCGAGCUAGGGGCUCCCCCGCGCGCAGGAGAGACAUUUCAGAGCCCUUGCUGACCUCAUCAUGCCAGUUGCCGCCACCAACUCUGAGACUGCCAUGCAGCAAGUCCUGGACAACUUGGGAUCCCUCCCUAAUGCCACAGGGGCUGCAGAACUGGACCUGAUCUUCCUUCGAGGCAUUAUGGAAAGUCCCAUAGUAAGAUCCCUGGCCAAGGCCCAUGAGAGGCUGGAGGAGACAAAGCUGGAGGCCGUUCGGGACAACAAUCUGGAGCUGGUGCAGGAGAUCCUGCGGGACCUGGCGCAGCUGGCCGAACAGAGCAGCACCGCCUCUGAGCUGGCCCGCAUCCUCCAGGAGCCUCACUUUCAGUCCCUCCUGGAGACUCACGACUCUGUGGCCUCAAAAACCUAUGAGACACCACCCCCCAGCCCCGGCCUGGAUCCCACAUUCAGCAACCAGCCUGUGCCUCCCGAUGCCGUUCGCAUGGUGGGCAUCCGCAAGACUGCUGGAGAGCAUCUGGGCGUGACAUUCCGCGUGGAGGGUGGCGAAUUGGUGAUCGCACGCAUUCUGCAUGGGGGCAUGGUGGCUCAGCAAGGCCUGUUGCACGUGGGCGACAUCAUCAAGGAAGUGAAUGGGCAGCCAGUGGGCAGCGACCCCCGCGGGCUGCAGGAGCUCCUGCGCAGUGCCAGUGGCAGCGUCAUCCUCAAGAUCCUGCCCAGCUACCAAGAGCCUCAUCUACCCCGCCAGGUAUUUGUGAAAUGCCACUUUGACUAUGACCCGGCCCGAGACAGCCUCAUCCCCUGCAAGGAAGCAGGCCUGCGCUUCAGUGCUGGGGAUUUACUCCAGAUUGUAAACCAGGAUGACGCCAACUGGUGGCAGGCAUGCCACGUGGAAGGAGGCAGUGCCGGGCUCAUUCCCAGCCAGCUGCUGGAGGAGAAGCGGAAAGCCUUUGUCAAGCGGGACCUGGAGCUGACACCCACCUCAGGGACCCUGUGUGGCAGCCUUUCAGGAAAGAAAAAGAAACGAAUGAUGUAUUUGACCACCAAGAAUGCAGAGUUUGACCGCCACGAGCUGCUCAUUUAUGAGGAGGUGGCCCGCAUGCCUCCAUUCCGCCGGAAAACCCUGGUGCUGAUCGGAGCUCAGGGUGUGGGUCGGCGCAGCCUGAAGAACAAGCUCAUCAUGUGGGAUCCAGACCGCUAUGGCACCACAGUGCCCUACACAUCCCGGCGGCCCAAGGACUCAGAGCGGGAAGGCCAGGGUUACAGCUUUGUGUCUCGAUCGGAGAUGGAGGCUGACAUCCGUGCUGGGCGCUACCUGGAACACGGCGAAUAUGAGGGGAACCUGUAUGGCACACGUAUCGACUCCAUCCGGGGUGUGGUUGCUGCCGGCAAGGUGUGCGUGCUGGAUGUCAACCCCCAGGCGGUGAAAGUGCUGAGAACAGCUGAAUUUGUUCCUUACGUGGUAUUCAUCGAGGCUCCCGACUAUGAAACCCUUCGGGCCAUGAACCGGGCUGCACUGGAAAGUGGGGUGUCCACCAAACAGCUUACGGAGGCAGACCUGAGACGGACAGUGGAGGAGAGCAGCCGCAUCCAGAGGGGCUACGGGCACUACUUUGACCUCAGCCUGGUCAACAGCAACCUGGAGAGGACCUUCUGUGAGCUCCAGACUGCCAUGGAGAAGCUGCGGACGGAGCCCCAGUGGGUGCCUGUCAGCUGGGUGUACUGAGGCUGCUCAACUGGACUUUAUCCCCUCUGGGUUGUGACCCAGGAACCUGAGUCCAUCCCUUUCCCAACAGUCCCUCAACCAUGAUCUUUAGCUCCAAUCCCUGGGCUCUGGCUCCCAGGUGGCAGCUCCUAGUAGGCCCUAAGCCUGGCUUCGGCACAGAGGCGUGCACUGCCAGGGAG